AUGUCUUAUAAACGGUUUGCAAAUAUCGUAUUUGGAUUCAAAAUUUUGUAUAUCAUUACAUUAGAAGCUUCUGCCAUCAAUACAACGCUAUCUAUACAAGGAGAGACUGAACCAAUCAAGCCUGGUAAAAGACAUGAAAGAUCUCUGGGGAACGACAGACCAUGCUCUGGCAAAAAUAUGGAGUUUGAUUCUCCUAAUGGGUUUUCUUGCAAGUACGAUGAUCUAUGCUACCAAAUUUUUAAAGAUUGUUGUUCGGACUUCGUUAAGAAAUGCGGCAAUCAGACAUCGAUUAUGGACGAGGGGAUAAAACGUCAAUGGCAAUGUAUUAGACUUUCUCAGGGUAGCUUAUGGAUGGUUGGAAGUUGUCCAUCAGAUUGGUUGUUUGACGAAAUCAGACAAAAAUGUGAGAAGCGCAUGCCAUUGAACAAUUUCAGAUCCAUUGCUGGAACCCUGCCUGUGGUGUCGAAAGUGAAACGGUUUACAUACCAAAAUAAAUUUUGUGCAAUUUGUAACCGUGAUGAAAGCUUUGUACCAUUCGAGAUUAAAGCAACGACUAACGAGAUGCCACCAGAAAACUAUACUAAUUUAGCUGAAAAAUUGAUGUUUAUUAGGAGAAAAUACCGAAACGUGUGGCUCAACAUACCAAGUAACCAACCCAGGCGAUACUGUUUUGAUGGAAACUAUAUAGAGACAUGUGACAAGUCGUCGCAUCCUCACAAUAAAUCAUGUGUAGAAGGCUUUAUUCAAAUCGUGAGAAGACGUGGUUGGGUGUAUAAGAAUAGACACUGUCUCCAGUGCAAUAAACAUCGAGAGCCAGGAGGUCCUCCUGGUCCAACCGAUUUAAAGUCAUUUAGCCUCGUAUUCACCAUGGAUAAUUCAGUCACACAUACACGUCAUAUACAGGAACAUGUAAAGUGCAAAGGUAGAUGGUAUGAUGAGAAUUUAAAAAUAUGCAAAGAAGCAAUCAUCACAAAAGCUAAAGAUAAUUUCUCCAACAAAUUUUUAGUCCUAAUAACAUUUCUUGUAUCCAAACAGCUUGGGCAUGAAAUAAGCUCUGGCCUUAUUGGGGAAAGUUUUCAACUUGAUUCACAACAAAUUUCAAGUCUUGAUCGAUACUUCCAAGGAGCAGCAGACGACGACUCAAGUUCAGCUAAUAUUUAUAUCGUGGCUUCAUUCCGUUUGACUUUAACACCAUUCCAAGAACUCAUGUUGGAAAACCAAAACAAAGUGCACGCAUCGAUUGAGUUCAAGAAAUUUCUAAAAUUCGUCAAUUUCUCCGAAUCCUUCACCAUUUCGUGGAAGAAUAACAGUUUCACCAUAGUCAAAGUGACUACGAAACGCCUCGCCUGUUAUCGAGGAAAGAAACUUCAAAAUAAUGAAUACAGACUGAACGAUCAUGAACGUAUUUUGUACGAGAUAAAGACAGGACGAAAUUAUUCACUGAAUGAUUAUUCUAUACUUAACGGUACAACUCAUAUAGUACUCUGUUCCAAACUGGUUCUAUCAGAUUGCCUCAAUGGUGCCUAUGUCAAACUUUUUACCAACGAAUUUGUGAUCCUGCCAGAUUUAUCACUUUACCACAACACGCCGAACAUGACUUAUCAAUUUGGAGAUUAUCAGAUUACUGAAAGUUUAGAUGAGAGUAGUCAAUAUUCUUUCACUUUUCCUGUUGAUGAAAUACACAUGAAUGGAACUAACAAGCCAAAGGUGUCAAUUUCUGUCUGUCUUCCUUCGCAGAGUAAUAUCAAGACAAUACUAACACAUCGUAGUAGUUUUGUCCUUGGAAUUGUUGAAAUACUUGGAUUCAGUGUGUCUAGUAUGUUUCUCCUGAGUCUUCUUAUUACCUAUUGUUUGUUUCCAGAAUUGAGGACUCUUCCUGGCUUAAAUUUAAUGAGUCUUGCUCUUUCAAUGUUGCUUUCACAUCUUAGUUGGUUAACUGGUGCAAGAUUGUUUCAUGACACAACAUUUUGUGUCAUUUUGGCUGUUUUAAAUCACUACUUGUUGUUGGUAACCUUUCAUGCUAUGUCAAUCGUAUCCUAUCAUUGUUCGUAUGUUUUGUCACAAUCGUUUGUUUUAGCAAGAUCGGACAAACGUCUGAAAACCUUCGCUAAAUAUUCUUCAUUUGUUUGGUUAUAUCCAGCCUUGUUUGUCACAAUCUGUUUUGUCCUAGACAAGCUCUCCAUAUUCACCAUCAACUACGGAGUCUUAUGUUGGUUGGGAUCGAAAAGCGGCAAACUGUAUUUCUUUCUGUUGCCCGUCGCGCUGUUGGUUGUAUUCAACGUCGUAUCUUUCAUCAGAAUGGCGGUAAGUUUGGCACGAACAGGAAAUCAAACCAAAAUAUUAAAGAAGAAGGGCAAACAGAACUUAAAGGCCUGCAUAAAACUUGCAACGCUUGUUAGUUUUCCUCAUGUCUUUGGUUUCCUUCGCCUUCUUUUCCCAACCUUUGAAGCAUUUGUGUACCUUUUUGUGGUUUGCGUUUCCCUUCAAGGCUUUUAUAUUGGUCUGGCGUUUGUAUGCACGGAGAAAACAUUCGCACUCUAUCGUAAGCGUUUCACAGCAAACUCUGCAUAGAAUACAAAUAUCGUGAGGGGGCUGGAGUCGAUGUUGUUGUGGACACGUGUAUCGGCGGUUAAUGCAUCUGCGUUUCACGUGCUCGUGGUUUGAAUUAUUUCAGUUUCAUGUGAGAAGAUUUUCUCCAGUUUGACCAAACUCCACUGAUACUUUUUGAGCAUUCUUGUUUCUUCAAUGAGAAAUGACCCUUGAUGCUCGAACGAUUGGAAGAACUGUUUAUAUAGCUACAUCUCAGCAUAAAACUAAUAUAAUAAAAAAGUACUAUUUAAAAAGCAGGAGUGCUUUAUAAGAUAUAAAACACGAGAGCACAGCUCGAGUGUUUUACAUGUGAUAAAACACGGACUGUAAAUGGCUUAAAAAAACGACCUAUCUGAUGAGUUCAUUGGCGAAGUAAUUUUAAAACUAAACGUUGUCUAAGCCGAGAAAAACAAAGCUAAAGUUUAUGUAAAUGAACAUGAUUUUUUAUCACAUAUAAAACCAUCGACACAGUAGUGAUUUCCUUUGUCUUUUCCUCAAUUAUUAAUGAGUUUUUUAAGACAGUAUAUAAUUUGACUAAUUAAUGCGAAGAUGUGAGUAAUGUAGUUGUGAACCAAUACUUUACGAUAUAUGCAGACAGUUUUAGUUUUAAGACUAUAGUUUGAACGAUAAUGUAUCCUUUCAAUGACAAAAAGUGACGAAAACUAGAAUUGUGUACAUUUGCAGACAUUAAAUUAUAUAUAACAUAAUAGAACAGCAGAUUUGUAGACAUUAAAUUAUAUAUAACAUAAUAGAACAGCAGAUUUGUAGACAUUAAAUUAUGCUAUAUAAGAGCGUGUAAAGUUGUUAACAUCAUAACAUGCGUAAUAUAUAUAAUACCUUCAUUUAAUUACUAUCAUAAUUAACUGGAUUAAAAGUCUGUUUUUGUUAGUUUGUGGUAUCUUCAACACAUAUGACAAAACAUAAGAUUUUUUAAGUUUUUUACUUCCUUAAACCAUAGAUAUCUUACAUACACUAGAUAGUGCAUCUAUAAUUAUUUUGCAAUUCAAAAAUUGAAGCUGUGAUUGCAGUCUCAGGUUGUUCCCAUGAAAUGAGAAGAUUCGUAUGUUUUCUAUUUCUUAAACAGGGAACUUAAACAUUAAGUUAACCCUAUUCCAAAUACGUUUUUAAACUAUUCAAAUGAUGAAAGUUAUUGUUGUUUUUAAGCGUUUAUUAGCAAGUGGGAACGACCAACAUGGCCGCCAUCUAUUCAAAUGGGGGUAACCGCUGGAAUAUUCUUGGCUUCAAUUUUACCAAAAGAGAUGCGCUAUCUAGUGUAUAUAAGAUAUCUAUGCCAUACAAGCGCUAUGAUGCAAAAUACCGCCAGAAUUAGUUAUAACCAGUUUUCAGGUGACGUCGGUAUAGACAACUUGCAUGUUAGACUAAUUUUUGAUUUAGGCAAAAAAAGUAAAUUCCCGUAAAGAACUUAUCAAAAUCAGUAAAAUUGCAAAAUUUGGUUACGAAAUGUUGUAAAAUACAGAAAAUAUAGCCUUGCGAAGUUUGCGUAUUUUCAGUAUGUUUGUAUUACGUGCGGAAAUUGUUACCAUUUUUGAGCCGAAAAUGGUAACAAUUUCCGCACGUAAUACAAAUAUACUGAAAAUAUGCAAACUUCGCAAGGCUAUAUUUUCUGUAUUUUACAACAUUUCGUAACCAAAUUUUGCAAUUUUACUAAUUUCAUUAUGUUCUUUUUAACUGUUGUGUUUGAUUCCCUUCUCAUUACUUAGAUUAAAAUUUAGUCUAACAUGCAAGUUAUCCAUCAAGCUCGCUAUUAUCUUUUUUUCAACUCGAGAGCUUAGGAGGCUUUUUGAUGCGACAUGCAGUGUUGUCAAGUGCCAUUAUCUUUUUUCAAUUCGAGAGCUCACUUCACGAUUGGGCUAGUAUUCCAAAGGUCGUAGGUUCGAUUCCCACCGUGGCCAGGCAUAUUUUUCAAGCCUAGUCGGUGGGGAUAUACACUCAGAGUAACAUCACAAGCAUCAUAUUAUUUGCAAAAGUGAUUAUUCCUCGUACAGUUACACGAGUCCAAUAAGAGAUGUCCCUUACUUAACAAAAUAGGGAAUAUUAAGGCACGUUGCAACUUGAUGAUUCACAAAGCUGUUGCUUUAAGUCUUCUAAUACAACUUUAUAUCUUUGUAAGAAAUGACAUGAAUGCAGUGAAGUUGUUUUCCUGACGUGUUUUUUGAAUGAUGGGUUUUAAAGCCUAAUUUUUGAAAAAAACUAACUAGGAAAAUCAAUUAAGCAUGCCAAGAUCAGUGAUCUCAAUAUCUUUAACAUUUUCUAACAUUUUUAAUGUUGAAAACAUUGAGCUUACUGAUCUUGAAUUAUGCAUAAUUGAUUUUCCUAGUUAGUUUUUUUUUCAAUCAAAAGGUUGAACUGUGCCUUUAAGUGCAUCCUUUCAUUACAUGUGCGUCUAUAGUAUACAAAUAAUGAAUGUUUAUGACCGAAUGAAAAUAUUCUGACCAUUGCACGAAAAAACAUUCAUCAUUUGUUUUAUAUAAUACCAAAAUAGACUAAUAGAUUCGUAUGAGAAGCAUUUUGAGGGAUGCGAUUUAUCGAAAACACAAAGAGUGCAAUUGUACUAUACGUUUUAUUCCAUUGCACUCGCAGAGAGUGCAAUGGAACGUAUUCCAUUGCACUCUUGGGAAAUGGAAUUUUCUAUUCAAUAUCACGUGACCAUAAACAGCCAAUUAAACGAUCAGAAUUCAAUAAGGUACUAUAUAAUAAAUGAUGAUGCGUCAUUUCGGAGAAUUUCAGGAUUUCGGCCAUCUACACUCGAUAGAACUAAUUCUGGAAGGAUUUUGUAGAUGGAAAUUCCGAGUGUGAAUUUUAUACAUUUAUUUAGACGUAACGAGGAUCAGUUGUGAAAAAUGCAACUAUAGGACCUCUCGUAGGAAUCGAACCUCGCAGGGCCGCAGGUUCAAUCCCGCCCAGAGCGCCUAUAUACUGCAAGGGUGGGUUGACUACAAAAUUUUUGUAGUUCGCCUUAACUACAGCUACUUCAAAAAUAUGUAGUCAGCUACAACUACUGCUACUUUUGAACAAAGGUAGUUCGCUACUGACUACAGCUACUGCUUAAAAAAUGUAGCGAACUAUUUCGCUAUUUCGCUACACUAUAUUUUUUAGUUUUACUGUAUUUGGAGCAUCUACUAACUCAGGCUGUAAUGUAAUCUAUAACAAAUCGACUUACGAGUCGCAACAGUAAACACAAAGCAACAUUUUUGUAAGCACUACAGUGUCCAGGAGUGCAAAUUGACUAUUGAGUAUUGAUUUUAAGCAAACUGUGUUUCAAUAUCAUGGCGCUAUUCUAUCAGGUUGCUAACAAUUUUAAAAAGUAGCGAAUAGCGAUUCGCUGUUUGAAAAGUAGUCAACUACUUGGCUACUUCUAGGCAAAAUGUAGUUCACUGUUUUAAAAAAGUAGUCAAAAACUACUGGCUACUUGAAAAUUGUAGUUUGCUACAGUAGCGAACUGCAACUACUUCGCUACAACCCACCCUUGCUAUAUAGUUGCAGCCUGCAUGGUUGCAGUUUUUGCAAUUGCUUCUGGUUAAGUCUAAAAAUCCAUUUUAACAUCCUUCAACAUAAGAUGUGUUAACUUUUCCUGAAUAUGAGUAGUAUUUUAUAAUCUUUUCACUUCCCUAGGGUACAGAGAUAUACGAUGCGAAGAAAGGCUCAUUUGUAGACCUGGGGAUUCUAGAUGUCUUACAGAUAUUUGGCCGAGCUGGACGACCGCAGUUUGAUCAGUUUGGUAGCGGUUAUAUCCUCACAAAGCAUGAGAAGUUGAGUCAUUACCUCACACUGAUGACGAGACAAUCACCAAUAGAAAGUCAGUUCCAGCAGAGUCUUGCCGAUAGUUUGAACGCUGAGGUGAGUAGAUAGAAACCAAGCUCUCGGCUGACUUAAUUUCUAUGUACUGGAUAUUAUAUCAGUUCUAAACUCUUCUUCUUGGAGUUCCAGUAAGGCUCAUCCUUCAUUGUUUCAUCUCUUAUUGAUCCAGUGUUACUUCAGAAGGAGACUUAUAUAUAUCCUAGACUAAUUUUAUUUCUACUCAAUGGCUGUAUACCAAACUGUUCUUCGUAGAGGUCAGGUAAGGGUCAUCUCUUCGUCCAAUGUCAACUAAAGGGGAAAACCGGGUCCACAGGAGUUUUUUGUCUCCUCUUUGCAGUACCACAGGGCCAAAAAACGGCGCUUAUAUCUGGACCUCUAGGUAUAGCCAAGUUCAUCGGCCUUUUCACUUCCGCCUUACUAUUUUAAGGUUGUAUUUUUUGACAAGGUUUGCAGGUUAGAUAGGGGAAGGUCAGGGCUAGACCACUAGGUACAUUAGUUUAGAUAUAUUGGUAGAGAUAUCAUAUUGACGUGUUUCAUUAUCUUAUUUCAGAUAUCACUUGGUACUAUAACAAAUGUAGAGGAAGCCGUGGAAUGGCUGAGUUAUACAUAUCUUUACAUUCGUAUGCAGGCUAACCCUAUGGUUUAUGGUAUUCCGUAUGGCGCGAAAGAGGUAGGUUUGAUUCAUAUUGAAUUAUAGUUUAUUUACAUAUACAUAUAUUAUUCAGCUCACUCCCUGCUCACUCCCCGUUGGGGCUUUUCAGUCACCGAUUACAUCAAGUAUUACACUUAAUUAUGUUACUUAGCUUAGACAUUCAAUUGAGAUAUUACUUUCUUAACUGUGUUUAUCCCAACCCACCCUGUCAACUUUCCCUGUGGGAGGAAACCAGAGCACCCGGAGAAAACCCACGACUUUCGGCAUUAUCCCAUACCUGUGUUAAAAGCGGCUUUCUGAUUGGUUUAGAGCAGGUGAGCUUGUCGUCGAGCUCACCUGCUUUUUGCCGAACUCACCUGCUUUUCGCCCGAGCUCACCCGCUAAACUGCUUACGUUGCAAUAACAAUAACAAAUAUGGCGGACAAGAUUUAGGCGAUAAACCUAAACUUUAAAGAACUUUUUUCGGUGACUAACAUACUGAGACUGAAGAAAAACCAAAGAAAAAAUGCAGUAAAGGUAAUGUAGACGUAGAUAAAGAAGUAUUUUCUUGCCCAGUGAUUUUUUUGGCCGGGAAAAUGUUCACAAAACAUCGACGAAUAUAUCGCGAAGAGCUACAAAUGUGUGUAUGGCUCGAUCAGCCUCGGUGUAUGGGAUAAAAACCAAACGUACUUGCAGGUUCGGUGAGUCCGGGAUUGGACGCACCUCGGGUGGCUGGAAGUUUCCCGAACUCACCUCGCUUCGCUCGGUAAGUUCGGGAAACUUCCAGCCACCCUCGGUGCGUCCAAUCCCGGACUCACCUCCCUGCAAGUACGUUUGUUAUAGAGCGUUGACUCACUCUUUUCACAUAACAAGUUCAGAGGGGAAACGCGCUUGCUCUGACUUUUUUUAAGAAGAUCGAGUUUUAUAAGGAGAACACUACCCCACUUCUUGCCAAAAGCCGCCAUCUUACUGCAAUUUUGUUUAAAUGACCAUAGGAAGAUCCAUAUUUGGAUAAUCACCGUCGUGAAUUGAUUGAAAGCUCAGCGAGAGCUUUAGAUAAAGCAAAGAUGAUCAGAUUUGAUGAACGAACUACGUAUCUUUCUCCCAUUGAUGUUGGCCGCAUUGCUAGCAACUUCUACAUUAAAUAUGACACGAUUGAGGUACUGUAUAUGUCUUUGACUAAUUUUAAAGCUGACUUAAAGUGGAACUAGCUUUAUUUGUACUGUAUUGCUUUAUCAGUUUUUUAAGUUGUUUUCCCUGGUGGUUCAGUAGGAACCAUAGCUUAUAUUCCAGUACUACUAAAGGAAGAAAAUUAAACUUAUUGGUUAGCUCUAUCAGUUCUAAAUUGUUUAGUAAGGAUCAUCGCUUAUUCCAAUAUUACUAAGUAAAAAAAAUACUAAAGUAACUUUAUUUGUACUGGAUAGCUCUAUCAGUUUCUGAACUGUUCGAUAGGAAUCGUUACUUAUUCCAUAGUAUUACUAGAGGAACGAAACCUAAACUAACUUAUACUGGAUAUCUCUAUCAGUUCUAAACCGUUCCAUCUUUUUCUUAGACCAUUAACGAACACUUCAAGUCCUACAUGACUGAUGAGGAUAUUCUGCACAUGAUUUCUUUAUCUCAAGAAUUUGAGCAGAUCAAGGUAUACUCAGUUUCCCAGCAAUUUUCCCGCUUGCCCGGUGUGGAGACAUCAAUCAAAUAACACUUUUAUGUAUUUCUUACGUGUUGUUUCCACGAAAACAAAAACAACUAUACCGGGUGACCCAAAAAACUGGACACUGAUUUCAUGUAACGUAAAAGCUAUAAAAGCUAUCGCAAUGAAAUAGAAAAAGAUCAUUGCAUUCAGAAAGGACUAAUUGAGAUUUUGAUAUAUAACACUUGAAUUUACAUACAAUAUUGAGCGAGAUACAACCAAAAUAAAAGAUUUAUUAUUUAACAAGUAUAAUUACAUUGGUAAUUAUAAGGUUGUGUUUUGCUAAUUUUUGGCAUUUUCAAAAACAGUUGUUCAACGUUCAAACAUCAACAGCUAGGGCAGUCAAUAUUGCAUGUAGUAAAUUCAAGUGUUAUAUAUUAAAAAGUUCUUUCUUAAUGCAAUAUACACUUAAUGUCUGCACCCGAGGGAAAUAGUUAGUUUUGUUUUCCCGAGAAUCUCAAUGUUUCCCGAGACGAAGUCGAGGGAAACAUUGAGAUUCGAGGGAAAGCAAAACUAACUAUUUCGCGAGGGAAAAGACGUUAAGUGUUUUGUUAUAUAGCGACGAAACAAAUAUCAACAUUGAACAACAUUCAUACAACAAUAUUUGUAUUUCAUGACAAAAACUCUAUAGCGUAAACGAGUUUAAAAUUUUAAAAACCUACUUAAAUGGUUUCAGCAGCAUAUCCUGUUGCCUGUUAUGUAUUUUUCGUCUCUUUUACAUUCUUUAUUUUAACACAAAGCCACGAUAACAGUAGUUUAAAUAUUAUAAAUUUGUGCCGCCAUUUUUUUUAUUUAUGCACGUAGCCGGUCGGGGCGGGCAACAAUUUUUCACUUAUUGCCCGGGCGGGAUACAUUGCAUUUAUCUAAAGCUACGUGACUACAAAUCAGCCAAUCACGUUUGGUGUUCACACUAGCUAUAUAAUAAUGAUCUUUAUUUCAUUGCGAUAGUUUUUAUAGCUUUUACGUUACAUGGAAUCAAACAGUGUGCAAUUUUUUGGGGGACACCCGGGGCCAGUUGUUCAAAGCUGGGUUAGCUUAACCCUAGGUUAACCUAAAAUUCAAAGCAACUUCCUGACAGCUUGUUUAUAAAUUUGGAAAUAUUUCUUCAGAGAUCUUGUCUGAAUCAGUAGGAAUUUUCUUCUCUGAAGUUUUGAAAUAAACAGACGUGCAGAAAUACAUAAACUAAAACAGCAGGUUAAAUUUUAACCCAAGGUUAGCGCUAACACACCUUUGAACAACCGGCCCCUGGGUAUAUUUAUACUAUUUAUCGAAAGAAUUUGGCUCCUUGAAAAUACUUUUUAAAACCUAAACAUCUCUCUAGGUUCGGGAUGAAGAGUUCUCUGAGCUAAAGCAACAUGUGAAUGAAAACUGUGAAUUUCCAGCUAAAGGUGGUCCUGAGAACUCCCAUGGCAAGACUAAUAUUUUAUUACAGACGUAUAUAUCCAGAGGAUAUGUUGAAUGCUUCUCGCUCGCCUCCGAUUUCUCUUAUAUUGCACAGGUAAGACAUCUGAUAAAGUACCUUGGACGGAUUUGUUAACUUUGGCCAGGGACGUCGCUACCGGGGGUGUCACCCCCACUAAUUUUAAAGUUCAAACAGUUCGUCAAAAUGGGAAAUAUUUGGUCAAAAUAGUUAGUCAAUUUUUAAACGAAAAUAGAAAAUAAUUGCUUUGGCGGAAUUUAAGUUAGAAAUUGAGGAAAAGUUAACCACAUAAGGGGGAUAAGCGUGCAUUAAAUGGAAAGAAAAUGAGAAUACAAUGUCCCGAAAAUUUUUUUCCAAACUCCCCCCACCCCACUUCGCCUGACCCGAGUUGCUCAAAAGGUCCGCCAAAACUUGGUCAAAAGGUCACUACACCCCUCCCUAAUGUUAAGGGACCGGUCAUUAUUUAUGGUAGGGGGUGGCACCGAAGAGAAAUGUUUUUUGUGGCAAAAAUUUUGCUGACCCAACCAUUAAAAAGUCAAAAAUUUGAUUACCCAACCUCAAAUAUCAAUUAAAAAAUAAAUACCCACCCCUGGCCAAAAACUUUACAAAUUGAAAACCAUUCAGUUGUCACACGUGUCCUUACCAUUUUUGUGACAUGAGUUUGAUAACGGCUUGUGAAAUUUUCUAAAGUUUCAUGUUGUCUGCAACAAAUCGGACUGAAAUGAUCAAAAUAGUGACUCUGAUUGAUUCACAUAUGUAUUGACAUAUCACUGUUGACAUUGCUUUUCAGUCUCCAAUAUUUCAGUGAGUCAUGCUUUGGAAAUGACAAUAAGUUUUUUGAUUACCCAACCCUUGAGUUGUUUUGUUUUUCAUUUACCCAACCUUUUACUCACUCAAAAUUUUGUUUACCCAACCCUUUUCUCUUCGGUGCCACCCCCCGCCAUAAAUAAUGACCGCUCCCUAAUGACUUCGUGACGUCCCUGAUUUUGACAAUGAUUUUCUUUAGAAUUCAGCUAGAAUUGUUCGGGGGUUAUUUGAGUUAGCGCUCAAGUAUGGUUGGCCAGGAAUGUCUGCAAAACUACUCGCAAUAAGUAAAAGUAUUGAUAAACGACUUUGGCCUAGUGAACAUCCUCUCAGACAGUUUCCCAUCUUGACGUAUGAGACUAUGAAAAAGUUGGAAGCAAAGAAUUUUCAUGUUGAGCGAUUGAGAGAUAUGUCUGCUGAUGAGAUAGGUAUGCUAUUGGUUUUCGUGUUUGUUUGUUUGUUUGUUUGUUUGUUUGUUUGUUUGUUUGUUUGUUUGUUUGUUUGUUUGUUUGUUUGUUUGUUUGUUUGUUUGUUUGUUUGUUUGUUUGUUUGUUUGUUUGUUUGUUUGUUUGUUUGUUUGUUUGUUUGUUUGUUUGUUUGUUUGUUUGUUUGUUUGUUUGUUUGUUUGUUUGUUUGUUUGUUUGAUCGGCAAAAAGAGUUCAACACCACAACCACCAGACAUCAAGGCCUAUUUCCACUCAAGAAAAAUUUCCACGGACAGAAAAUUUUCUGAAAAUAUCAUUGUUAAAAGUUGAAAAUUUUCAACUGCAAAAUUUUUGUCCAACGGAAAAUUUGUGCCGGCCAAUCACAUUUUACAAAGUUUUCUUUCUGUGGAAAAUUUUCCUGAGUGGAAAUGGGCUUUAAGUCUUCCUUUCUCCUCCAGGUCACCUCAUUCACCAUGUGCGCAUGGGCAAGAUAGUGAAACAAUGUGUAAACCAGUUCCCCAGUCUAUCUAUAGUCUCAAACAUUCAGCCUGUGACAAGAAGCGUCCUACGUGUUCGUCUUACUAUUACUGCGGAAUUUGAUUGGAAUGAUAAGGUACAUGGGGGAACCUCGGAGCCUUGGUGGAUAUGGGUUGAAGAUCCGGAUAAUGAUCAUAUUUAUCACUCUGAGUACUUUCUUCUCCUCAAGAAACAAGUAAGUUAAUUUGUUAAUAACAAUCGUGAUUUAAAGCAAGUCAAGAGUUUAGUUCCUGCUAUUUAGUUAUUGGAUUUAAUAUUAUUUCUUGUAGGUGAGAGCCAAUGAACCACAGACUUUAGUUUUUACCAUUCCAAUCUUUGAGCCUCUUCCAACCCAGUAUCUUGUCCGCGCUAUAUCAGACCGAUGGCUUGGGGCCGAGUGUGUAUGCGCCAUAUCAUUCAAGCAUUUAAUCCUACCGGAGAAACAUCCCCCACACACGGAUCUCCUGGACCUACAACCACUGCCGGUGACUGCACUGAGAAAUCCUAUGUAUGAAAGACUGUUUAAGUUUAGCCAUUUCAAUCCCGUGCAGACCCAAGUGUUCCAUACAUUAUACCACACAGAUCACAAUGUACUCCUAGGUGCCCCUACAGGAAGUGGAAAGACUAUCGUAGCGGAAAUGGCAAUAUUCCGUGUGUUCAAUCAAUACCCGAAGAAAAAGGUAGGAUGUGAUCAAGCUUUUAGCCAGAAGGGCGUCUUGGGACGCCCCUAGAACGAAAAAUGGACGCCUUUGGACGCCCAAAUUCUAGGGGGAAAGGGAAAUUAUUUUCAAUUAUUUCCCUAAGUAUAUUAAUAUAUCUGAAACAAAAUAGCUUCAAUUCUCAUCAUUAUACAUUAGACAGUUUGAUCAAUUUGAUGGUGUACCUGGCUGAAUGAAAAUGUUGUAGUUAAGUAAAGAAGCAUAGCGGCACAAACUCACAAAGCCAAGUGUGUUUGAAAAAUUUCGAACGAGCUUGGAACAGAUACUGACAUGAAGUACCGUAAAGUUCAAAGGUUUUCCAGAGGAACGUUUUCUCGACUCCCCCCCUUUUACUGUAGUUGUAUCGUUAUAAUUGGACGCCCUCUUUUAGGACUCUGGCUAAAAGCCUGGAUGAGAUGGAUAACCAGUCUGGACUGGCUUGCGCAAAGGAAAGGCUGUUCAAAUGUUUUUCUAUUAUUUUUCAUUUUCCAGGCAGUAUAUAUCGCUCCUCUCAAAGCUCUUGUCCGAGAACGUAUUGAAGAUUGGAAGGUCCGUUUUGAACAAAAAUUAAAAAAGAAGUACGUUGCCCAUUAUUAUUUCAUGUUCGCCCUAAAGGCCAUCCCUUCUUGAUCCUGUAUUACCGCAUGAGAAAACGUCAACUAAAGUUUACUUGUACGAAUAUAUCUAUUAACUUGCUGACGAAGGGCCUUCGCUCGAAACGUCGAAGUUCUCCUUGUAUUUUUCAGGUAGUUGUAUCCCUAUCCAUCCCAAGCUUUCUUAUUAUUGCCACUACCAACACUGGUACAGAAUGUUCAAGAUUCUAUCAGUUCUAAACCGUUGUCCGUACAAAUUCAAUGAAAACAAUCUCUUGUUGUUGAAGCAAGAAGAAACUAUAGAGUACCUGGAAAAACCCUGCGGUACUUGCUUCAAACUUGAAGCAAUCUUAUAUGCAACAGAAGUAAAAUUAUGAUCAUAUAUCUGCAUCAGCUUGUCUGGAAAACAUUUAUGAUAACUUUCCUCUUUCCUUCCCAGUGUGGUAGAAUUGACAGGUGACGUCACGCCAGACAUGCGCGCUAUCUCCAAGGCUGACGUGAUCGUGACGACGCCUGAGAAAUGGGAUGGAGUGAGUCGUAGUUGGCAGACGAGGAAUUACGUUCAAGAUGUCGCUCUCUUGGUGAUCGAUGAGAUUCAUCUGUUGGGGGAUGAACGAGGACCUGUACUGGAGGUCAUUGUAUCCAGAACGAACUUUAUAUCCUCGCAUACUGAGCAGGGUGUUAGGGUUGUGGGCUUGUCUACAGCACUGGCGAACGCUAGAGAUCUUGCUGACUGGUUGGGAAUUAAACAGGUGAUUAGCAUACGAUGCUUGAGAGUGGUGUCCAAGUGGAAUCGUAUCUAUUGUUGCCGGGGGAAUCGAAAUAAUUUUUGAGCAAAUUUGCGAUUUCAUUUGAACGCAUCACAACGAGCAAUACUGCGAUUCCUGAUUGAGUGAGGCUACAUCGCUUCAUAAUUAUAUCUGUAAAGGUCGUCGUAGUUUAGAUAUCCCAUGUUGAGUAUAUACACAUAAUGUUUCGGAGUGUCUCAAUGAUGGCCAUCCCAAUAGCUCAGUACUCAUUGUGCUGGAACGAUAAGGCAGAGACCUUGGGUUUGAUUCCUGCUUGGGACUUUCGGAAAUUAAUUUUUACCCAAAUGAUUAGUUUUUAAGUAUAUUUAUUUUAUUCCUUUAGGUUGGCUUAUUCAACUUCCGUCCAUCAGUGCGCCCCGUUCCUCUACAGGUCCAUAUCAGCGGUUUUCCUGGCAAGCAUUACUGUCCGCGGAUGGCAACUAUGAACAAACCAACAUUUGCUGCCAUUCGUACCCAUUCUCCUGAUAAACCCACUCUGAUCUUUGUUUCAUCCCGACGACAGACAAGACUGACUGCCUUGGAACUUAUUGCAUAUCUAGCAGCCGAGAGUGAUCCCAAACAGUGGCUACAUAUGCCUGAAGAGGAGGUAGUCUGCUAAACUAACUUUAUUUAUAUUGGAUAGCUUUAUCAGUUCCAAACUGUUCUCUCCAGAGGUCAGUAAUGGUCAUCUCUUAUUGAUCCAGUGUUACUACAGGAGGAAACCUAAACUAAACUAACUUUAUUUAUACUGGAUAGCUCUAUCAGUUCUAAACUGCUCUUCGUAGAGGUCCGGUAAGGAUCAUCUCUUAUUGAACCAGUGUUACUACAGAAGGAAACCUAAACUUAACUAAAUUUAUUUUUACUGGAUAGUUCCAUCAGUUCUAAACUGUUCUGGUCCAGUAAGGAUCAUAUCUUAUUGAUCCAGGUAUGUGCACUACCCCGGCCCAAAUUACAGAAUAUUGAACACUGCCAUUGUUAAUAUUUAGAUCGCCAAUCUUGUGUCUGGUGUACGAGACGAGAAUCUACGUUUCAUCCUACCAUUCGGGAUCGCAUUACAUCACGCGGGAUUACACGAACGUGACAGGAAAGUCGUUGAAGAAUUGUUUGUAAAUCAGAAAAUUCAGGUAGUAAUGCAUUAACUAAUGCGCCAAGAAUCUUUUCCUAAUAGCCCUCUACAUGACCGGGGAAAAGUUUAUAAAUCGUAAUUGUUUCUUCGAUUUCUAGAUCUUGAUAGCCACGAGUACGUUAGCUUGGGGAGUGAAUUUCCCUGCUCACUUGGUCGUAGUCAAAGGUACUGAAUAUUACGAUGGCAAGACAAGACGAUACGUAGACUUCCCAGUCACAGAUGUCUUGCAGAUGAUGGGCCGAGCUGGCAGGCCUCAGUUUGAUGAUCAAGGCGUCGCUGUGAUACUGGUUCAUGAUAUUAAGAAACAGUUUUAUAAGAAGUUUUUAUACGAUCCAUUCCCUGUAGAGUCGAGGUAAACUACACUCACUUUUUUGCUGAUGCUUCUCUAAAUGUAUCCAUUCCAGGCAAGCUGAAAAAUUCGGAUUGAUAGGGAUACAACUACCUGCAAAAUACAAGGGGAACUUCGAUGUUUUCAGCGAAGUCCCAAAAUUACAUGAGCUCAGGGAUGGAUCCAGCAUGAUCUGGUAGGGGUGCUCUGGUGCCGAGUUGUGUCGGUUAUGUGUGCCGCCUGCCCAUCAACUUGCUUGACUACUGCAAAGUCUUGCUUGACUACUGUAUUUGAAUUGUAAUUGUUGUUCACAGUUCGCUUAUCAUCAUGUUAUUACUCAAAUUACUGUAUCUCAUUUUGUCUCUAAUAAUUUUUUGGUUUAUCAUGAAAAAUAGCACCCCCCUGCACCCCCUCUGGCCAGGGCUAGGGGGGAUGCCCAGUAAAUCCAUCCCUGCAUGAGCUUUUAUAAAAGUGAAUAUAAAAGCGAGGGCCUUCGCUCGAAACGUCGAAGUUCUCCUUGUAUUUUUCAGGUAGUUGCAUCCCAGCUAUCCAUCCGAAGCUUUCUUAAGCCUUGGGCAAACUAUAGGAAACAUUGUUUCCUGCCAAUGUUUCGCCAUGUUUCCCAAGGUGGGCAAACACUAGGAAACAAUGUUUCCGCAACAAAAAUCGCACUUGGGAAACAUGAAAUGUUUCUGAAUUUGAUAGGAAACAUUUGUGCUUCUCGGGAAGCAAAUUGUGUUUCUGCAACGAUGUGUCCACGGGUGGGCAAACGCAGAAACACUUGAGAAAACAUGGCGAAUCACAAUGUUUCCGCAACAAUGUUUCCUAGUUUGCCCAAGGCUUUACAUGCACCUAUACCAAUACUAUGUUGAUAUAUUUUCCACAGUCUUCCAGCAGUACUAUCAGAUCACAUCAAUGCAGAAGUAGUGUCAGGAACGAUCACAUCAAAGCAAGAAGCGAUGGACUAUAUAACCUGGACGUAUUUCUUCAGACGUCUCUUGAUGAACCCCAGUUACUAUGACUUGGACAGUGUUGACCAUGAGAAUGUUAAUAAAUAUUUAUCCACUGUGGUUCAGGGCUGUAUUGGUGAGCUCGAGAGAUCUUCAUGUUUAGAAGUUGAUGAGGUGAGAGGGGUCUAUGUAUAUUUUUUAUUGUUAGUGGAACGGCAAUUCUAAGAUGUCAUACUAUAUCGAUACCUUUUCAAUUAAGGCCAUGUUAACCCAGGCAAUCUUUGCUGUAACUUGCAACGCAAUUUCGAAUCAGAGCCAUAUAAAAGCAGGCUAUAUUCUGGCCAUUGUUUGGGUCUUUUUAUCUUUUUAACGGAGUUCCGUUCUGAAAUAUGCUGUUCUCUGAUUAGAAUUUUAUCUCAGUCUUAUAUGAGAAGAAUGCUUCUUGUUUCAUUUUGCGAAGCAGUGCAGGUUUUUUAGUUUCCUCCUGUAGUAACUCUGGACCAAUUUGGAACGCACCUAAUAAGAACCGUUGGGAAAACUGUGUAGAAAUAGAGCUAUUCCAGCUGGAGUAUAAGUAAAAUAAAUUAGUAUAAACAAAAUGGUGUGUAGUAAGUAUUCCCCUAUUCUUUCAAAAUUCAACAAAAUUAUUUCAUUCCAGGAAAGUCAAUCAAUUACUCCGACAAUUCUUGGACGUAUUUCAUCGUACUAUUAUCUCAGUCAUCUCUCACUUCGCUUGUUCCGAGAACAGCUUCAUGGAAAUUCCACAUUACCUGAACUUUUGAAGACACUGAGCGUGAGUAUUGAAUUGAAAAAUGAUUCACUAUACAAAUGAGGAAUAUAGCUUAGAGAUGCAUGUGCUCAUUAUUUUCCGUCGAUGUUUAAUCUCUGGCGUUUUUUUUCAGCGUGUCGAGGAGUACGAACAACUGCCAGUCAGGCAUAACGAGGAUGCUAUAAACACGUAUGUAAAAAAUCCGUAUUUUAAUACUAUUAGGCAGUAGUGAAUCACUUGGUCGCCCCAUAGAACUAUCAGUUGAAGGGUUUUUGCAGCUGGAAAGUUAGGGCUUAGAACGGGCUGAAAUCAACGACGUGACGUAUGCAUGUAGUGUACAUAUGUGUCAGUGUAUUAAUGAAUUAUGACUGUACAACUCAUCCAAUUUUGCCCUUCAUUACAAUUACUACAAAGUUUCUUUCAAAACAUUACAUUAAAAGGGUGCUUGACACAGAGAUGAAUGGCUAUUAAUUUUACAGAAAAACUUUCUUACGAAGUGUAGACCCUAAGCAACCAAAAAUGUCAAAUUUCCACUUUCAUCUAUCAUUGAAACUUUCCCAAGGGGAGGUGCAUGAUUUUUCAGGGAAGGUGCAAAAAUUCUCAGGAGAGGUGCAAAACGAUUUCAAGGGAGGUGCGCACCUCCUCACACCUCCCCUCAAAAUCCGGCCAUGAGAGAAACAGUUGUCUUUUUAAUCCUAAACAAUCUUAUGUUCGCAAUGUUGUUUUGCAGUGACUUGGCGAAGUCAGUACCGUUGGAAGUGGAUCCAUACACGUAUGACAGUCCACAUACGAAGACAUUCUUGCUGUUCCAAGCUCACUUUUCUAUGUUACAAUUACCAUGUAGUGACUACCACACUGAUACCAAGUCUGUUUUAGACCAAGCUAUCAGGAUUUUACAGGUAAUCAACAUUCGACGUUUUGCAAAUAUUAAGCUGUGCUGUCAAAUGCUUUUAGUUGUACUGCAAUGGUAGGUUAAAGUGGAAGUCAAGUCCGUAUGUAAACAAACGGUUUGUUUACAUUUUGAACUGCUGUAUUUUUUUAAAAUAUGAUGUACUGUCUGAAUAUCUAACGCCAUUUUGGUUCGCUAUGCUUCUAAAUGAAUAUGAAAUAGAGUUUAUGUUCAGAAAAAUUCGAAACAUUCGAAAUUUGGGCAAUGUUUACAUUAGAGUGUCCUCACAUUGUUAUGAGCAGAACCGAUGGUCAGUAACUCCAGACGAAGGGCCUUCGCUCGAAACGCCGAAAUUGUCCUUAUAUAUUUUUCAGGUAGUUGCAUCCCUACCAACGAAAGCUUGUACAUAAUAUUGGGUAGGAGGGUAAUAUUGGGUAUGUAGGGUAAUAUUGGGUAGGUAGGGUAAUAUUAGAUAGGUAGGGUAAUAUUGCUUAGAAAGUUGUUUUUUUAUUAGGCGAUGGUGGAUGUUUCAGCUGACGAGGGAUGGUUAACUACUGUUCUCCGUACCAUGUUACUUGUUCAGAUGGUUAUCCAAGGUCGUUGGAUCCAUGAUUGUCCCUUAUUAACACUACCUGGUAUAGAAAAGUCACACUUGCCGUUAUUCCGAGCACCCGAUGGCUCGUCGAGAUGUAUCGAUGGGCUUCCAGAAUUGGCCGAAGUCGUCAGGCGCGAUGAAAAGUAUUUACAGAGAAUUCUAAAUGGGAAGUUAUCUGCAGGAGAAAUUGGCCAGGUAAAAAGACGCCAGUAAAAUAACAUUGACAAGUUUCACAUAAAACAGCAAGGGCUCAUGUCAGUAACGUGGGGUUCACUGUAGGCUGCAGUGUUGUGCAAGGGUGGGUAUAGUAGCGAAGUAGUUGCAGUUCGCUACUGUAGCGAACUACAAUUUUCAAGUAGCCAGUAGUUUUUGACUACUUUUUCAAAACAGUAGCUGUAGUUAUAGCGAACUACAUUUUGCCUAAAAGUAGCCAAGUAGUUGACUACUUUUCAAACAGCAAAUCACUAUUCGCUACUUGUUAAAAUUGUUAGCAACUUGAUAGAAUAGCAUGAUAUUGAGACACGGUUUGCUUAAAAUCAAUCCUCAAUAGUCAAUUAUUUGCACUCCCGAAAAGUGUACGUAGUGCUUACAAAAAUGUUGCUUUGUGUUUACUGUUGCUAUACUCAUAAGUCGAUUUGUUAUAGGUUAUACAUUACAGCCUGAGUUAGUAGAUGCUGCAAAUACAGUAAACUAAAAAAUAUAGCGUAGCGAAAUAGCGAAAUAGUUCGCUACAUUUUUUAAGCAGUAGCUGUAGUCAGUAGCGAACUACCUUUGUUCAAAAGUAGCAGUAGUUGUAGCUGACUACAUAUUUUUGAAGUAGCUGUAGUUAUAGCGAACUACAAAAAAUUUGUAGUCAACCCACCCUUGGUGUUGUGUAAUAAUCUGCCAUGUGUGUGUGAGGUCUGUGAGUAGUCUUCUUCAACUGACACAUGUCAGCGUGUGAAUUAACAUUUGUAUUUAUUUUCAGAUCAGUCACGUGCUCUCUAUGCUGCCCACAGUUGAAGUUAAGCUCUUCAUCCGGGGCGUUUGGGAAGGACAUGCCACGAAACAAGAGAGACGUGUUGACGUCACCACUGGUCGUGUGGGUCAAGAAAACUGGGUACAAGUCCACGCAGAUCAGGAAUAUGUGGUGAGGAUAGAGUUGAACAGAGUUUUGACUGGAAAGAAGGUCAGUAAAUGCCUGAGUAGCAAACUGUAGAAUUUUUUCUGACCUGGGGCCGGUUGUAUCAAGCCCGUUUAGCUAAAACGGUGGAUAAGUCAAAAUUAAAUAACAGUCAACUUAAAUAUUGUGCACUGAAUAUGUAGUUGUAAACAUUAUCGUUCUAUUAAGGUUCAAAACUUUUAGUCUGGUUGUUGAAUGAAUCUAUAGACUUGCUUUCUAUUUUGAGCUUAACAUUGAAUACUUAUGAUCAUGGUCUUACUGUAUAUUAUAAAUAUCAAGUUUUUGGAUAUCUUGGUCCAUUGAACUACUUGAUGGGUUUUUGGUGGAUGGAAAUAAAUCUUUCAUUCGAAAUAUCAUCUAUCAAAACCCCAUCUAUCAAAAACCCAUCUAUCAAAAACCCAUCAACGAUUACUGUAUAUUAUACUGCUUUUUGUAAAGCUGUGAGGCGCAUUUCUCUAACAACUAGAACACGUCUAAAUUGCAAGUAUAUCAAUAUUUACUUGAAGCUGUAUUUCUAGAGAAUUGACUCAAAAGCUUAUGCUCCUCGGUUUCCCAAAACGAAGGAUGCAGGUUGGUGGUUGGUGUUGGGUGUAGUUGAUGAUGGUGAACUAUUGGCAUUGAAGCGUAUUGGUGCAAUCAAGAGUCGAUCAACAGUCUCGCUUGCGUUUUAUACUCCUGAGGAAGUUGGACACAAGAUUUAUACGCUAUACUUCAUGAGUGAUUCAUAUAUUGGCUUGGACCAACAGUUUGAUAUUUGUCUUGAUGUUAUUGAAGCGAGUAUUGAGAGUCAGGUCAAUACUGAAGUGAAGUUUGAGGAAAGGUAGCAGCCGCUGAAAUGUGGAGAUUGAGAAUGGAGUGAAAGUCGGAGAUCUGGCUAAUAGACAAAUUUGGCAUUUCGACUGUGCAUCACGACGCUUUCUGAGUCUGGAUAAAACAAAAAAAACCCGACAGAAAGGCCCUUAUUUUAAGACAUUGCUACUUUCGGCCAGUGUUAUGAUUCAUUGUCAAGCGCAUCCUUUUGACGAAUUAAGCCCAUGCUUUUGAGAGAUUUUAUUCCGACUCAGUUAAAUGCACAGCCGUAACUCCGAACUAGCCUUUCCCCAGUGUCGAGUGAAGUGCUAAAUAAACUGAAUUCAAUAAGAAACAUUAACGAGAUAUAUGAUGAAAUUUAGUUUAACUAAAGAUAUGUUUAAAUUAUAGAGUUUCAUAUUUAUUUAGAGUUUCAUUCA